GAAAAUGUAACUGUCGUUUGAUUGUUUAUCGUCAAAUUUAUUAUUAUAAUCGUGCGAAAAUCAGAUUCUUCGAUAAAAAAAUGUUCUCCACUCAUUGUUUAUGAUCAUAACGUUUGACAGCUACAUCCUCGUAAAUUUCAAUGAAAAUCUACGAGAAAGCGCGUAACGAUGUAAUUCUAGCAUGUUGCUCAAAAAAAAAACUUCCAUGAUCCUAUUAUACUUAAUGAGCCAUCGCAAAAGAAAUCCUACUAUGAGCCUGUGACGUCCUCGGCCGCUUCGUUUCGGCGCAUCUCCCCACCCUCCUGCGCUAUUAUACAGGCUGCUCGUGGAUACCCGCCGGCGACGAACCUGCCUCGUCACUUGGAUCCAUCGAACAGGAGAAAUAGAGAAAAACAGCUGGUACCGGUGUGCGUGGGGCAUGUCAACUGCGAAUCUCGAGCGUAUAUAAAGCCCGCGAUUUCGACGAGCUGUAUCCAGUCCUCGACUAGAACUGAUCCAGACACUCCUUCGAGUUCGCACAGCCGCAACACUGCUACCCCAUCAACAUGAAGUCCUUCGCCGUUAUCUUCGCUUUCUGCUUCGUCGGUGCCAUCGCUGCACUCACGGAAGAGCAGAAGGCCAAGUUGAAGGAAUACAAGUACGCCUGCAUCACUGAAACUGGAGUCAGCGAGGAUGUCAUCGAAAGCGUCAAGAAGGGAGAGCAAGUCACCUUCGACGAGAAACUCAACUGCUUCUCCGCCUGCAUGCUGAAGAAAGUUGGCAUCAUGAACGCUGACGGAACCGUCAACGAGGAAGUCGCCCGUGCCAAGGUCCCUCAGGAUCUGCCUAAGGACAAGGUCGACCAAGUCAUCAACACCUGCAAAGCCGAAGUCGGCAAGGAUAGCUGCGAAACCGGAGGAAAGGUCUUGGCCUGUCUCAUGAAGACUAAAGCCGUAUCCGUCCUUCACUAAAGUCGAAAACUUCAUUCAUAACAUGCAUUACUUAUAAAAACAAAAAUUAAAAAAUGUGAUUGUCUAACCCGUACUUUGUAUCAUACAAAUGUAAAUAAAUUAUAGUUCACGCAAGAAUUACACACAAA